AUGGCAGAGGCUAAGGGCUUCAAGCAGGACAUGGUCGUUUCGAUACGAUAUCGAAAUGACCUGCCUCCGCCUCCCAUGCCUCCAAAGUUUCUAGACAUUGACACGGGUGGUUUGGCUCAAUACCUCACAACAAGUUAUGCGUCGGGUCUGGCGAAGAGAGAAGAACCAAACAUUGAGGUGGACGCCGAAGGUGGCAUGCCUAUAGAUAUGAUCGGUGUCCCAGGCUACUUUCUCGGCGACGAAAGCGCAAUCAUGGCUCCCGAAGUCCAACCUGUGCUCGACGCUGCCGACCAAGCGUUGCUGAUGUCGCUGGAUCAGCUGAAGAGCCAGGGUGCAAAGAACAACGUCUCAUUCUUACGCAAGACACAAUACAUGACCUCUUCACAAAUGGCCCGGGCAAAUGAUGCUUUCAUGCGGGCAAAUCCUCGGACUCAAAAACCCCAGACGCCCAAAGCAGCUCCUGUGCCUGUCACCCGAGACGAUCCAGAAAAUAUCAAGCGACAGAUUCAGAAAGGCUUCGACCUGGCCUAUCCGGACAGCAUCCCCUUCAACCCUCCAGAGGCUAAAGCGAACCCUAUCACUCCCCAGGAACGAGACGCCUGGAAGAAUCCCGUCCAUCCCGAUAACCCCAGACUCAAGCCUGUGGACUUCUACCCCGUCAUCCCUGAUCUGGAGACCGGCACAGAUAUGGCCUCGAAUUGGCAAGCCCUCAAGUUUGACAAGCCGCCAUUACCGCCCUAUAAAGGGAGAAGGGAUGAUCGGAUUGAUGUUGGUAUAUUAAUGGCUUCGGAGAACGCAGCUCUGAUGCCAGCUUGGCGAGCCGCGAGAGAAGCUUUUGAUAGAGAUCCUGAAAAAUUCGCAGAUCCCGGGCCAGAGCCAUAUACAUGGUCUCUCUCCGUCCCUAAACAGCCAGACUCGACCUCGCGCAUACGGCAGCUAUUUGACGACUCAAAUCCUCGAAAGGACGAUCCCAGCCUCAUUGGACCUCUUCUGGAAGAAUCUGCCGACGGCUCGUUACGUCUACCCUUUGAACGGGUUCGUGUAUAUCCCAAAGCCACGCAAGACACAGUCGACCCACAUCGCAUCAUGGCAUUGUCACUGGUCGAUGCCAAUAACCUUCCCCGCGGCUCCCGCUUCCGCAAGCAAGGCAACGCGGCGUAUUACUAUCCGAUCCUCGAGCGCGUGAAAAUGAGAGCCGAUAGGGGUAAUCUCUCCGGAUCGCGCAACAACGGCAACAACAAUGCAGACGACGAUAUCCCCGACCAAGUCAUGGUGCUCUUCAAAGAGCCCAACGCAAAAGAACGACGCUCGCGCGCCGAAUUCAGAGGGGAAUACGACAGUGCAUUCAGAGAUGAAUACGAGGAAUUGACUCGGGAAGCGCAGGCCGAGGAAGAAGCCGAACAGGCAGAUACGAUUUUGCAGGAGCAGGGCGAGCUGCACGAGGGCGCACAGGAUGUCAGCAUGGCGGAGGUGGAGGACGCGGAGGCCGCCGAGGUGAGCAUGAACAACGGGGUUCCUCGCAAAGACCGCGCCGACGACAGGAAUACACCUCCACCCGUGAAUGGGAAUGCAGGUGUCGCAAGGGACAGAGACGCCAGCGCCGACGAAGAUGCAUAUGGCGAGGAUGAAGAGAUGCGGGACGAUUGA